AUGGGAGAUGACCUGCUCAAAGGAGAAGACAACGACCAACGAUUCGAGGUAUUCCAAAGCACGGGGGAUGGGGUAGACUUUCGAGUCCUCAGCUGGCAAUGGGCAUCUAUCAUCUUCCUGAAGUUAACCUUCGCCACCGGAGUAAUGACCAUCCCCGGCCAGCUGUACAUUCUCGGCGCCGCUCCAGGGAGCCUCGUCGUCCUCGGAUGGGGCAUAAUCAACACCUACGCAGGCGUCGUGCAAGGUAAUUUCCGCAACCGACACCCCAUGUGCCACUCCGUGGCAGACAUGGCCGGGGUGGUAGGCGGGCCGCUGCUGCGUGAAGUUGCUGGAGUCUGCUUCAUCGCGAGCUGGAUCAUCUGCGCCGCGUCCGGCAUCAACGGCGCAACGACGGCACUCAACGCGCUCUCCGACCACGCCACCUGCACAAACUGGUACGCCCUGGCCGUCACGGCCGUCGUCGUGCUCGUCGCCAGUCUCCGCAAGUUCGGGGAGCUCAGCUGGAUUAGCUGGGCUGGGUUCGUGUCUGUCUUCGCUGCUGUAUUCAUCGUCGUCAUCGGCGUCACGCUGAGGGACCGUCCGGCGGGGGCGCCCCAGACGGGGGACUAUGACUUUGGAUAUCACGCUGUGGCGUUUCCCUCUUUCGUGCAGGGUAUCAGUGCUGCCGCUACGCUGUUCUCUGCUAGUGCUGGCACGUCUGCCUUCCUGCCUGUUAUUUCGGAGAUGCGCCAGCCGAGAGAUUACAAGAAGUCCCUAUACCUCUGUAUGCUCACAGUAACGGCCGCCUACCUCUCCUUCGGACUCGUCGUAUACAGAUGGUGCGGGAAAUGGAUCACGACUCCCUCGCUAGGAAGUGCCGGACCAACCCUCAAGAAAGUAUCCUACGGAGUCGGACUCCUAGGAAUCAUCGUAACCGGCAUUCUCUACGUCCACGUCUCCGCCAAAUACAUCUUCGUCCGCAUCCUCCGCGGGUCCACCCACCUCCAAUCCAACACCUUCACCCACUGGGCAACCUGGCUCUCCUGCACAGUGGGGCUCUCCAUCGUCGCCUUCCUCCUCGCAGCAGCAAUCCCCAUCUUCAACUACCUGCUGGGUCUGGCAGGGAGUCUGGGGUUCGCGCCUAUUGCGCUCAUCCUGCCGCCGUGGCUGUGGAUAUUCGACCAUGGGGAGUGGCGCACUUCGUCUUCGCCUGUUAAGAUGGUUGUUUACUACUUGCAUUGGGUGUGGGUUUUGAUAGGGGUGUUUAUGACGGUUGGAGGCACUUAUGGGAUUUUACAGUCUGUUGUGGAUGCUUAUCGGUCUGGGGAUAUUGGAGGGACGUUUUCGUGUGCGGAUAAUAGUUGA